CACACCAUUAACACUAAACACAGAUGUUUCAAGAUUUCUUUGUGAAUUACCUGUGGGAUGGCAAGGCUAGCAAUGGUGAGACCAGAGAUGAUAUCAGACCUGAAGAGCCUGAGAUUGUACUCAGGCCCCCACUGGAUUAUAGGGAAGAAAAACUGAAGACCCAGAAGCAGUUUUCUGCACCAAGUUUGGUUUUUGAAUCUGUGGAGAGGAGCAUCAGGGAAAAGGAUCUCAGAAACCCUGUGCUUAAGUUUCUGGAAAGUGGUUGUUUUGGGAGGCAAACAAACACUAUGUACUUCCAUUGGUAGAGGCAUUGCAACUUAGACCAUGACAGUAUGUGUGAUUUGAUGGGUAGAAAAAGCCUCAGUCCUCUUGGAGUUACCCAUUCUAUUUUAAUCAAAGGUUUUUUUGUUU